UUGUCAUAAUCGACUUGACCAUAAUAGUGACAACCAAAAAUGUAUUCUUCUUUUGUCACCUUUUAUGCAGGUGGGGAUGUCAUAUCUUCUAUAUUUGAUGAUGAUGACCCAAGUAAAGAACGAGAAGCUGAGAUGCUGCUUGAAUAUAUUGAACACUUUAAUGAAUUAUUUGAAGAAGGAAAAUACAAAGAUGCUGCGAUGCAUGCAGCAAGCAGUCCAAAAGGAAUACUGAGGAACUGUGAGACUCUUUCUCGUUUCAGAGCAAUUCAUGCUAGGACUGGCAAAUUACCACCUCUUCUGGUAUAUUGUGAGGCUUUGAUUUCAUCAGUACCGGCUGUUGGUUCACCGCCUGAUGCAGAAACAUCACUGGAGUGUGUUAAGAGUGCCCUUUCCGAAGAUAGGCUUGAUCUUGUGAUGCAUUGGCUCUUGCAAGAAAGGUUGACAUGUUCGGAGCCUCUUGGUCAUCUUCUCUACAACUACACACAAGGAAAAGGUGCAGGAAUUAUUAGUAAAGGUCUUCCUCUGGCCGAAGCUGUAUAUACUUUGGUUGAAGCUCACAUCCAGGCUGCUGUAUGUAUGUGCAAGCAGGGGAAAGUGCAAGCCAUGAUGGAUUAUGCAAUCAACGCAGAAUUUGAGAAAGAUAUGUAUAUGGGUGUUCUUGUAGCCUGCCCAUCAAUUGCACUCGCGGAGGUCCUCAUCCAGCCAAGGGGCCCGCCAGGGAAGCCUACUCUUUCGGUUGGUACUGUAGUAUUUGAACUUCUCCAAACUGAGAACUAUGCAAUUGGAGUGCAGCUUUUGGACAGAGUAUACCGUAGCAUUCAAGCAGAAAAUGAGAAGAUGUACAGGACUGAAGCCAGGGCCUCUAAGAAGCUCAAGACAGAACAGGCGAAGAGCAGGAAAACCACCAGAUAUUCGUCAUGGCCAUCGGAGCAGCGUACUUCGGCGGUUUCGUCAGCGACGGUACCACAGUCGGCAAGGGCAAGGGUUGUGGUCAAGCCGGUCAUUAGAAGUACGAAUGUACAAGCAAGGGCGGAUGCUGCCAAGGCAGUUAAGAUAAGUGAUCUUGUAAAGUUUUCAGAUUUUGAGGUAGAAGACAUAGGUAGGAUAACAAUAUUGUACAGGAUGUACAUUGAUGUCGGAGAGGGUAAGCGUCAACUAACUGGACCUCAUCUAAGGACAUUUCCUUAGAUGAGGUCCAGUUAGUUGAGGGCAGUGAGGUAGUAGGGUCAUGGGACAAAAUACAGUCCCAGAGUAGCUCCACUUGGAGAGAGAUGGAGGCAGUACACAGAGUUCUCAAAAGUAAUGAGAUUUUGUUAAAGAAUGAGAGAGUUAGAUGUUUCAACGAUAACAAAAAUGUUAAACAGGUGCUGAAUAAGUAAGAAGUCCAGCUUACAAAACAUCUCUUUGAAUGUGAACAGAUUUUGUGAAAAGAAUUCUAUAAUUCUCAAACCAGAGUGGAUCCAAAGAAAUAACAACACCAAAGCUGAUUUGUUGAGUAGAACCAGGGACAGCGAUGAUUGUAAAAUACAAUCAAAAAUGGGUGUAUUGAUUAUUUGGUAAAGAAUGGGGACCACAUAGCGUGGAUAGAUUUGCAUCCAAUUUGAAUUAACCAGUGGAAAAGGUUCAACUCUAGAUGGUGGUGUCCGGAAACGGAAGGAAUAGACGCUUUUCGGUCAGAUGUGGGCAAAUUAAGUUAAUUGGUUAGUACCCCCACCCAGGUUAAUUCAGAGAGUAUUGUUGAAGAUGGAGGUGGAAAAAGCGAAAGGUACAUUGAUUGUUCAGAUGUGGGUGUCGGUACCGUUUUGGCCAUUUUAGGUAGCGGAAAGUAAAGAUUUCAAGUCAUUCAUAGAGAAGAGUAUGAUACUGCCACAACAACAGGUGAUCCUUGAAGGUCAAGGUUGUAAUGGCAUAUUUUUAGAUGAACCAUAACAAUUCAAGCUGAUCGCUUUGAAGCUUGUUUUCUGAAUUUCAAGUUUCAUUGUAAUUGCUGGAGGGAAUGUUAAUGCUGAUUUUGAAUUUUUCCAACAGAUAGGAUUGAGGUUAUAACGUCUCAUAGUCAGGUGGCUUAGAUCUAAUUUUCGUCAAGAUCGUGACC